AAAUUUGGAGGGGACCCCAUUGACGAAAACUGAAGGGGUCCUCCGAACUUUUAAUGCGUACUGUACGCAAUUUUUUGCUUAAGCAGAAGCCCUGGGACAGAUAUGAUAUUAUUUACAGCAGAAAGAAGUUAUACAGCCUUGUCAAUCUCGCCAUUAAAUCUUAAUUAGGUCAAGAAUUAAUGGGUGCGAGUGUAAUCAGAAGAUAUAUUGAGAUAAUUAACGAGGGUUUAAGUGACGAGAGCCGCUCUAAAGCAAACUUAUCAGAAGAUAACAAGUUGUUCUAAGAAUUGCAGUUUAGUUUCACAUUCAGUUCCAAAGAAUCAUAUUAUCAUUAGACAUUUGAGUGGUUUGUUUAUGAUAGACUUACAUUGAAUAACAUUUAUCUUUACCCUGGACUUGAUGUCUGACAUUUCACGGCUAUACAUUGACAGUACUGAGAGAGUACCUUCUUAUCCUGUGGAGCUAUAACAUUGUAUUUACAUGCAUCCCUCCCAUAAUGCAUGCCUGUGUUGUAGUGUGUUCAUGUCCUUAGACGAGUCUGUUUUCAAUAUUUCCCAUUAUCUUCUGGCACUGAGCCAAGACGUUUGUCGCACUUGGACCGAUGUCAAUAUUGAUACAGAUGUUCUACAGAUAUCUGUGACUUAGAUAAUAUUCAUUCUCUGAUUUCUACCUCCUGACUUGCCCACAGUUGAGUGACUGCAAGCUGUCUGUCCUCCAGACCAAGUAGUUUGCUACUUUAACAGAUCAGGGACAGCAUGUGAACCUUUAAAAAACUUAAUGAUCGAGUGACUUACACUUAGUUGCUGUGACAGCAUCAGUCUUUGGUAACACCCUCAAAGACCUUUCGAUAGCGUGAAAGAAAGAUUUUGACAGUCGGAGGACUCAACACUUGCUGUUGCUAUGGAUAUCAACGUCUUCCAAGCUUUCGUGAAAAAUAAUGUCCACGGACAGCCCUGGCCGCAAGUGUCUUGCGCAGUAACCAUGUAUAGGCGGUAUCCAUGCGGUCACAUCAAUACAUUCAUGGCCAGAAGGAUAAACAAGAAAAUACACGCAGAAGAGGCGAUCAUCAGUUAUUUGGAGAGCUUGCUGAUGAAAAAAACUCUCUGGCCACCUAAAAUCACAUUGUUUCUCAACGCCUCUCCAUGUCACAGAUGCAGCCAACAGAUCAUCAACUUUCUGGACAUCGCAAGGCAACAACACGGUGUCGACCUGUUGAUUGAAGUCGUAUUCUCGACAUUCUAUCGAGUCAGACGACCAUCGUGUGAACAGAACCCAGCCUGCAGUGGCCACCUGCCUUCUUACCUUCAUCACAAGUCUCAGGUGGCGGGGCUGACUAAGCUGUACUUGACAGAAGGUAUUGUUCUUCGCACUUUCCAAAGUGAAGAUUGGCAGGAUCUUGGGUAUUGUCUGCACGUGCCUAAUUAUGACUUCAGCAAUCGAGAGAAGGAAGACAACUUAAUUAGAAAGGAUUUUGAGCAACUCUUUGGUCCAGUGUUUACAAUUACAACGAUUAUCUUUUUCCACUGGACUGAGUCACCAACGGUCCUGUAUACUGCGAAGUCACCCAGGGCAAUAACUUCUGGUCAGUCACCCAGGGCAACAAAGGCUGGUCAGUCACCCAAGGCAAUAACUUCUGGUCAGUCACCAACGGUCCUAACUGCUGCCAAGGCAACAAAUGCUGGUCAGUCACCCAAGGCAAUAACUUCUGGUCAGUCACCAACGGUCCUAACUGCUGCCAAGGCAACAAAUGCUGGUCAGACACCCAAGGCAAUAACUUCUGGUCAGUCACCCAAGGCAACAAAUUCUGGUCGGUCACCAACGUCCGUGUCUGGUAGUCAGUCCUUUGCAGCUAAUGCUGACCAGCCUUCUAGCAUUACGUUUUGUUUUCUGAGCAUCCUCGCUGCAUUUUUGGGUUGGAUUCUAGUGCAAUACUUGUAUGCUCUUGACAUGAUUCCUCCACGUUAAAGUGUGAAGAAGUCUGUAGGUGGCGCUGAGAAAGUGAGAGAAAAAGUAGGAAGCCACUUACAAAUGGUAUGCUUAAAUUAAAUUGUUGUUCUUGGACUUUUAUGAGCUGCAAACAAUGUAUAUUCAGUAUUAUAUGCAUGUUGAACAUGUUAUUUCAGUUAUAUUAUUUCAUCGACAAAACUGCUUCGUCGGCAUCUUAUAAAAGUUUUAAUACAAAAUAAAAGCUCUACUUGUGUGGCAACUAAAACUUAUAAGAAUUUUCUAGACUUAACAGGUAUUGAGGACUACAAAAUUAAAAAAAACAAUGUUUCAUGAGCUCAAAUAAGAGCCUCGUUUUCGUGGCUGCGCUGUGAGAUCAGAUACCCUAUUAUGUACCCGGUAUCUUCUCUGGUCUCCGAUACGACAACAGCAAUCGCACUCCGAUCUGUCUACAGCUGGGUAUCUAACUAUACUUGUUCCUGUGUGAAGAGACAGAAGAUUUAUUAUUUUUUUACGAGGUCUCCAGAUCAACCUGAUUUAUUAUUUCUCAACUAAUGUGUGAGCUUCCUUUGUUGCUAGAAAAUAUGGUAGUUGUAUUUUCUCUCUGUGAAUACUGUAAUUGUACUUCUCAGUGCAGAGGAAUGUUAAGUUUUCAGCAAAAUCUCAUGUAUCCAAGGUUUUCACCAUACAUUGCCAUCACAUCACAUUGAAACUUCAUUCAAGUUUUGUAUGUAUUUUUUUUUUUUUUUACAAAUGAUGUCUAACUCUUCAAAGUUUGAUUAACCGCAUUUUAACGCAAAUCGUUUAAUGUGAUGUACAUUUCAAAUGUUACUGGAAAGCUUUCUAAGGAAAUGGAAGUAACUAAGCUAGCUUUAAAAAUCUUCAAAUUGUUGAGUCCAAGCUGUUAAACAUUCACAACACUUGAUAAUAUUGUAAAUAUCUGACAGUCAUUCACAAAGUAGUGGUGAUUGAGAAAUGUAAUUAAGCGUAGUUAAAAUUACAUUGUACGCUUUGAGAGAAUUUAUAAAAUUUAAACAUAAUAUAAAUUUUGAAUACAAAAUGCAUUUUCGUGUUCUGUUUUUAUCAAUCAAAACAAAUAAUGGAAGUAUUUGUGAUUGGUUAUAGUAUAACUUAGGUCAAGAGGCAACACAGGUCAAUUCUGUUAUCUCUUAUUUGUAUGUAUAUAGCAGUGCUUAAUAAAUUCUCUUCGUUCAUUUAAAGAUUGUUUAUUAUUAGUAAGCGAUUGAAUAAAUC